AUCAGCAGCGGCUUAGUGAUGUUGACUAAUGGCUUUUGCAGUCGCACAAUGGGUGCUUUUAUUGGCUUACGGCAAUUCGGGAAAUACAGAUCUGUUCCAAAACACUUUUGGUUCUACUAUUUACUCUAUUUCCGGAAAAUUUUUGUCAACAACUGUAGGUGAUACAGGGUGUUUUAUCGAAAAGCGGCAGAAUCAAUGAAGUGAAAAAUUAAUUGUAUAUAUUUACCAGCAUUAUGCCAGGCAAAAGGAAUAAAGCCCAACAGUCCAAAACAAGUCAGGCGAAAAGACCACCUCGUGCACAGAACGGAACUGGAGAGUCCACUACCAAAGAUGCUGUGGCUGUCGAUACAAGCACUCAACCCCUUGAUGUUCCUCCUGAAACCUUGGCUGCAUUAACCCAAACCAUAACAAAGUCAGUCACGGAGAAGGUGUUAGCAGAGAUAAAACCAUUACUGCAACAUCAGGGGAGUAUCUCUGUUCAUAAUAUGGGGGGAGAAAGGGGAAAUAAUGCUUCCACUACAUCAAGCAAUAGCUUAACAGCAGGUCCUUCUGGGUCAGUUUGUCAGAUAACAAAUAAGUCAGUGGAUGCAAGUAUCUCAGGAUUGGUAUCAGGCGCUGUAAUCGAACACAGUUCACAGAUUGUAGGUACUGAACUUCCACCUGCAGCAAAUGUCGGUAAGAAAUCAGGUUUUGUAAGCUCAUCAGUACCGAUAGAGGCAACUGUUUCUGACAAAAUAAAAUCUAAAAUUUGGUCAAAACAAUAUGUUGAUAUGGCCCUGUUGUUAAAAAAGGAAAAGGGGAAAAGUAAGUAUUCUAUCAAGGUAGAGGAACAAGAUCAGACAGGUAAAGUGGUAAUCCACAAUAUGCGAUCCACAGAUGACGACGAAGUUAGGGAUGGUUCGUUAUCACUGCAUGACUGGGUAACUGCGUGGAAUAGGUAUGUGACAAUAUAUUGCAUUAAAGAUACACUUGCACAGCCAAAGCUUGCAAAACACAUGGAAUCAGUAAGGCAAAUUGCAGAGGAAAAGGGGGAUUGGAGAAAAUAUGAUAAGGAGUUCAGGGAACUCAUAGAACAAGGUGAGAUAGAAUGGGGUGAUGUCCAUAUGGAGAUAUAUGUUAAUGCUCGCCUCAAACAAUCAGAAAAGAAGUCAAGCAAAAUAACACCAGACCGUUCGUCAUUUGGUACGUAUGAGGAAAUCCCUCAGGGGUCAUGCUUUGCCUAUCACAAAGCUGGAAGGUAUUGUAGGCUUGGUUCAUCAUGCAAAUUCCAGCACAGAUGUUAUAACUGUGGUGGCUUCCAUCCAAUCUAUAUAUGUAAAAAACCAAUUCAACGGCCAUUUCGUUUCUUGGACAAAUCCAGAACCCAAAAACCAUUUCAAGGAAAUGGCACAUCAACCAACACAGGUAAUGCUAAAUUCUCAAAGCCAACCUAUCCCACAAAAGGGUCCAACUCCAGUAAAUCCCAGUAGAUUAGAGUACUGGUUGGUGGGGUAUGAUAAGGUAGAAACAGAAUUUUUAGUUAAUGGUUUUCGAUAUGGUUUCCACAUUGGUUACACAGGGGAAAGUAGAAAUACUCUUUCAAAAAAUUUAAAAUCGGCACUGGACUUACCAGAAGUUAUUAGCAAAAAGUUAGA